GUGUCUUCAUCACAGUAACAAAAUGGGCAGAGGAAAGAUUCAGAUUAAAAGAAUUGAAAAUCCAUCAAAUAGGCAGGUUACCUUCUCCAAGAGGAGAGUUGGCCUUUUCAAGAAAGCUCAAGAGCUUUCCAUUUUAUGUUCUGCUGAUGUUGGUCUUGUUGUAUUCUCCAGCAAUGGAAAGCUAUUCACACAACCUGAAUCUUCAAAUCUAGAACAAAUUUUAGAGAGGUACUAUUUUGAAGAAGGGAGAUUUCAUGGAGAUCCAAAUAGUCCCUUCCAUUUUAAACAUUUAGAAGCUGAGAAUGAGAGACUUCACGCUGCUAUAAGUCACUUCAUGGGGGAGAAUCUUACCCAACUUACACCAAAGGAUCUGGACAAUCUUGAAGAUGUUCUCAAUACUUCAAUAUCUAGGGUCAGAUCAAGGAAACAUGAAAUUAUGAAUCAGCUUAUUCAGCGAGAGGAGCACAGUCUACGGAAGAUUGAAGCAGUUGAAAGAGAGAGUGACGUUCUGCAAGAGAGAUUUGCCCGUCUGCAAAAAAUGGUGAAUAAUUGUAAUGAAGGGCCUGCGUUGGAUAAGGCAUUUGGGCAAGGUAAGGGAAAUCCUCUUAAUUUGCUCCCCUCAACUCCUGCACUUCGUCUGCAGCCAUGUCAAAUGAAUUUGAGAGAACCAGAACAGUAUCUACAGCCUGAACUACGUUUGGGAUUUGGCAGCUUUGAUGAAAGCGGUUGAUGUUCUCGGUUUCCUCUCUGUCUAUCCUUUUGUAUUGUUCGAAUUUGGGCAGCACAAAAUCAGACAAGUGUUGAACUAUUGUUUGUAUAAUUCUGAGUCUUUUCAUUUUGUAGAGCUGUUUCUUCUAUAUCUCAAACAUAGAAAUCUGCGCUUACCUAUUAUUUUUGGCGUAGCCAUCACUAAUUCAUGUGAU